AGGAUGCGAGAAAAAAAGGGCGCAAAUCCGUCAAAUCAACAGAGGCAGGUGGAAUGAUGAUGAUGAUGAUGCUGAUGCUGAUGCUGGUCCCUGCCGAGUUUGUUGUCGUUGGCCGUCUCUCGACGGAGUUGAGGCCAGACGGAAGGCUGGACACUGCUUGCUGCACUGGCUGUGUUCGGCCGGGGGGAGGGGGGGCAGUGAUCCUCCAGCUUCUUUGCUCUCUUCUCCUGCGGCUUCGAUUUGGUAGGUGGAUGAUCGGGAUGGCGGAUGGGGGGACGAUUGGUUUUCGGCAGCAGCCAGUAGCAGUUGCGAGGUGCAGCGAAGCUAUCUCGAGAUGAGACGGGCAGACGUAGAUGGUGGGAGGUACUAGUAGCAGGCAGUAGGUAGCAGCAAGCAGUAGGUAUCCCAAGUAUCGGCGUGGAUAGCAGGGAGUUCUUCAGGAUGAUGGUCGAGAUGUCUCUCGAUAGUAG